UUCGUUCUAUGUCGUGUAUAUUUUCAGCUGGCAGCCAUAGAAAAAAGCGUCAUCGUCUGUUAUUUCACAACAAUUUAUUUAUUUUCGGACACAGUGCGUGAAGUUGCAUUUUGAAGCUCGCAUAUAUAAUUCAAACCUCAAAGAGUGACUGACUCAAAUAUUCUGCAGUGAGUUGCAAAAUUUGAAAAGAAGAACAUUCAAGAAAAUACACGAAGGCUUGAAACUUGUUGGCGAAAGCGCACACACAGUAAUAUUGAGCAGUACUGCGCAGUAUAAAAUCACUGGAAAAAGUUAUACCAAGUACAUAUUUUCAAAGUGAUAGCCGAGUCAGGACGUGUCUUCACAACAGUGAAUUACUGAUAAUAAAUUUAAAAUCAAAUAGUAAAAGUAGCUAGCAUUCAAGGAAAAAUAACGCCGUGUAAUAGUUAAUUAAAAACUACACUGAAAUACAAAAGAUUUCUUAAAAAAGAACACGAAUUCGAAUCGAAAAAAUAUGGAUAGUGAGGAUACAUGUUUGAAAAUUACCUACGAGGUUGGAAAGGAUAAAGUGAAUGCAUAUAUUAGGAAGUUUCCAUUAACUUAUGAAACUCUGAGGUACGAGAUAACUAAGUGUCUCUUCAAAGAACGCGAGUUGCAAGAAUGUGAAUUUAAAACCUUCUGGUUUGACGAGGACGGUGAUGAAAUCGAUAUUGUCAACCAAAGCGACUAUGAUGUUUUCAAACAAAAGUGUUAUUGCAAGAAACAUCUCUUUGUCUCACCAUUACGUCAGCCACAGCAAGAAACAUCGAAGGAUGAGGAAAAGUCCGUACCCAAUGACGAUGACCCGACAGCGUUUAUCAUUCAUGAGCGCGUAGAAUGUGAUGCAUGUGGCGUGUCACCACUUAUUGGCUUCCGCUAUAAGUGUAUUCAAUGUUCCAAUUACGAUUUAUGUCAACGCUGUGAAGCUCAACAUAAACAUCCAGAACAUAUGAUGGUACGCAUGCCAAAUGAAAAUUCGCCCAGUGUAAUUGAUGCCUGGAUAAGUAGUCCUUGUGGUCGUGUUGGCGGCGGCCGCCGUGCAAAACGUGAUCGCAAGUCCACAAGUGCCGGUGGUUGUCCAUUCUUCGACUACACAGCUACAACUUCGGCUAAUGUAAAUGAGAAUGUAACGAGCGCUGAUGCAGAUGGUAAGGCUGGUGGUACUGGUGGAAAGCAUUACCACCAUCACGAACGUAAGCAUCAUCGUCGUCAUAUGCGCAAUGGUUUUUUGUCACAAAUGUAUGACAUGAUGUCCGACUUGGCCGAGGGAGGAGCCACAUACAGACAAACGGAUGAGAAUGCUGCCGGUACACCACCGCCUGCAGCCCCAUCAAAGACGGCAGAAAAACAGGAAUCAAGUGAAGCUAAUCCUGAAGCUGCUAAAGCAGCAUGUGACGCAGCAGCCAAAGCUGCAGAAAAUGCUAGUAAGAUUGCAUCUGAAGUGGCUGCUAAGGUGACUGAGCAGGCUGCGCAAAUAACAGCAACACUAGCGGAACAAGCAGCUGCCCAAGCUACAUAUGAUUUAUUCAGUUCAGAAGCAGGAGCAACUGCUUCAUCAGAGAAUAUUCAAACUGCAGGCGCAAAAGCAGGUUCAAAUUCGAGCCCUAAAACGACUAAUACUACUGGAACAUCAACACCCACUUCUGAAAAUGGUGGCAGCAAUAAAAGUAAUAAAUCAGAAGAGAAUACUUCUGUACCAGUUACACCAACUAUUGAAGAUUUCGUUCAAUUUAUUGACCCGAAAUUCAUGAAAGCUGGCAUUCAAUUGCUCAACAAUUUCAGCGGUAUGUUCGCAAAAAUGCUUGAUCCAAUGGAUGGCUCUGAAGAGAGCUUCGCACCAAGUUUUUCAGGUACUGGUUAUCAGGCACGCAAAGGCUCUUCAGCCUCAGCAGCUAGCUCAGUCAGCACCGCUACGACUUCAACAAACAAUAACGUGCAAGUAAAUGAUAAACAAUCUACCGAAACUGAAGAUAAAAAUAAGAAAGCACAAACUAAACCGAAAAAUAAUGAAGAAGCUGCAGCACCAAUCAAUCCGGAUACCACCACAAAUUCGACCGAAGUUAUCGAAGGAAAACCACAAAAUUCAGAGCGCAGCCGCUCAGAGAGCUUAGAAAAUGAUUGGCAAAUGGUUGACAAACAAGCUGCUGAGUCUACAACAAAUUUAAUUGAUAUUUCAGCUUCAAGCUCAACCGAAUCUAUUGAGAAAAUCGAAUCCCCUGGUGCAGCUGCAGCAACAUCGGUUCCAACACCAAUUAACGGAACUACAACACCGAAGACUAAUUCCAAUAUUAGUUUUGAACAGUUGAGCUUAGAUUUGAAGAAUCAUGUUGAAAAGGAAAAGGAAGUCGUGAAUACUGAAAGGAAAAUAAAAACUGCUGAUGUUAUGCGCGGUGCUCCAACUCCAUCACAUAGCACUGGCGCUACUCCAAAAAUGCAGAGCAACAUGGCUGUGGUUGUCUACCAUUCAGAUCCCAAUAUCAAUAAAGCUAUACACGCAAUGAUGGCAAUGGGUUUUAGCAAUGAAGGCGGUUGGUUGACACAGUUGCUUGAAUCGGUAAAUGGCAAUAUUUCGGCUGCAUUGGAUUUGAUGUCACCGGCACAGAAUCAAAACAGCAACUAAAAUAUUUAUAACAGCUCUAAGUGGGCCACUUUUUUGUAGUUUAAUAUUUUUCUCAUCCACAAAUAUAUAGUGUUUAAGUACUCUGAAUCGAAAUGCAUCGUAACCCUGAAAAAUUGUUCCGUAUGCACUCGUAUCAUUAUUAAAGCGAUAUAUCUGCACUACUAGCAAACUAUAUCACCCUAUUUUUUCGCCCGCAUUAAUCUCCAUGAAGGAUUUUAUGGUUUCUUUUUAUCUUCGUUAUGUUUUCCUGUCACUGAAUUGUUUUAAUUACACAAAUAUACUUUAUUAUUUUAAUAUUCAUGUAUUUCAUAAACACUUAUUUCAUAAUGCGUCGUAUUUACAUCUCUACAACAUACCAAUACAAUCACAUAUACUGAAUAAUCACGUUUUACUCUAUUAUAUGUAUUCUUGAACGGUUUUUAUGAAUCGAAUACACAGAUCUAUAUGUAUAUUAUAUCCGAAAUAAAAAAUAUAUAAAAUGUC